AUGCGUCCGUCCAAGAGUCACCCUGAUACAGAGUACAGGGAAUCGUGGGACACGCCAUCUAUGAAAUCCAUUGCGGAUAUAUCGACAGCACACGAGUCACUGCAGGAGUUCAGACUGCCGAGACUUUUAUUCCAUCCGGAAGACUGGAGGGAAAUUAUCCAGACAUUUGAUCUCUCUGCGCCGAAAACACUGGGUCUUGCGUACACCAAUUUAUUUGUGGACGAACUCAGACUACUAGUCAAUCGCAUAACAGAGUGGUUCACGGAUUUCUCUGGAGUGCUUGGAUAUUUCACAUACGACCCUUUGUGA